UCAGCGUUGAUUUGUUCUAAUCUUGAUAACUUUUUCGAAGCUCCUUCCUCCCCAAUUCUAUAAUCUCCCAAGUUGAUUUAAAUAUCCUCCUUUUCCCUAUCUACUUGACUAUACAUUUGAGUAUGUAUGUGUAUAUAAAUAUAAAUAAAAGAGUUUAUAAAAAAACAUACCAAAGACAGCUAAUCUAUAUUACUGGUAUCCUUAAAUUAUCUAUCGGUCAACAAUAUACAUAAACAGAAUCGGAGAAAUAAAUAAAUAAAUCAAUCAAAUGAUGUGGCGGCGGACGGCGGAGAUAGUGGUGGUGAUGAUAAUAAGUAUAUUAUUGAGGGCGUCAGCGGCAACGGAAGGGAGGAGAAAUAAUAAGGGAGAUGGAGAAGACAAGAGCAAUAAUAAUAAAAAUAAGAACGCAUAUGCAACGAUGAUGUACAUGGGAACACCGAGGGACUAUGAGUUCUAUGUUGCAACACGUGUGAUGAUGAGAUCUCUCCUUCAACAUCAGGUUCAAGCUGAUCGAGUUGUCAUUGCCUCCGUUGACGUUCCCCUUCGUUGGGUGCGCGCCAUGGAAGUAGAAGAUGGACUGAAGGUAGUUAGAGUGGAGAACAUAUAUAACCCUUACAGGGCUGACAAUCCUAACGACAGAUUCAAGUUAACUAUGAACAAGCUCUACGCUUGGAACCUAGUCAACUAUGAAAGGGUGAUCAUGCUUGACGCCGACAAUCUUUUCCUUCAAAACACCGAUGAAUUGUUUCAAUGUGGUCAAUUUUGUGCUGUCUUCAUCAAUCCCUGCAUUUUCCACACAGGCCUCUUUGUCUUACAGCCAUCAGCAGAAAUUUUCAAAGACAUGCUUCAUGAAGUUGAAAUUCGAAGGCCAAACUCAGACGGAGCAGAUCAAGGAUUUUUGGGUAGUUACUUCUCCAACUUGCUUGAUAUGCCCAUGUUUCAUCCACCGCCAAAUGGAACCAAACUCCAAGGCCAGUACAGGCUUCCUUUGGGAUAUCAAAUGGAUGCUUCUUAUUAUUACCUGAAACUCCGCUGGAAUGUACCUUGUGGACCAAAUAGUGUCAUAACCUUCCCUGGAGCAGUUUGGAUGAAGCCGUGGUAUUGGUGGUCAUGGCCUGUUCUUCCUCUUGGUUUCUCAUGGCAUGAACAGCGUCGCAAUUCUCUAGGGUAUGGUGCAGAGAUGCCCAUGGUGAUACUCGAGGUGAUUCUUUACUUGGGAAUUAUAGCCCUGACUCGUUUAGCUCGGCCAAACUUCUCUAAACUUUGCUAUCGCCGUUUUGACAAGAGUGUAACGGUGUACCAUGCAAGUUUAAAAUUCCUGGCCUUGGCAUCCAUUCUUGCAGCAUAUAUUGUUCCCUUUUUAUUAAUCCCUUACACCAUUCAUCCUAUGGUAGGGUGGAGCCUUUAUUUGUUAGGGUCUUUCUCUCUUUGCUCAAUAGCGAUCAAUGCCUUCCUCUUGCCAACACUAGCUGUGCUGACCCCAUGUAUUGGCAUAUUUGGGGUACUCCUAGUCAUGGCAUGCCCUUGGUACAAGGAUGGGGUUGUGAGGGCACUUUCCGUAUUUGCCUAUGCCUUCUGCGCUUCUCCUCUUUUGUGGGUUUCUUUCACUAGAGUUCUGGCGACUCUUCAAGUUUCUUUAGAAAGGGAAGCAUUCUUGCCCAGCAGAUUGAAUGAGUCUCCACCACCUCCUGGGUUUAACAAGCUCUACUGAUUAAUUGAUAUUGAACCAAUUAACCAAGUAUUGUCGAGAUUCUCAUCAAAGGUCAUAAAUUGCUGGAAUUUCACCCCAGAAAUGAAAAAAAAUGUCUGUUGUCAAUCAUAAUACAAUGUUGUGGAAUGGGAAAGCAGCAGUCAGCAGUAGAUGAGCUCUAACACAUAUUCAAUUAGUUGAAAAAAAGAUUUUUGUAGUGUUGGAAAAAAUUGUACUUCGUAUGUUCAUAUAAUGUACAGAAUACAUUGAAAAUUGAUAGCA